AUGUCAUUUUAUCCUUUAAUUUAUCUUCUGCUCUUCUUUAAUAGAGCAGAAUUGAUUUAUUCAACACAACAAUUGGAUACGUUUUGUCUUCAACCAUUUGUUCCUGAAAAUGCUCAUGUUAUUUUCAAUGAGCCUGGACCAUAUGCGAAGGAUACUGUAGCCAAAUAUAGGUUUGUCUUAUUUUUAAAGUUUUGGGAAGGAGAGAGAGUUGAUAGGACACUGUAUGAUAGCUUUUGAGUUUAAAUUUAGUGAGCAACAAUUUUUCUAAUUUUAAGUUUUGACUUUUUUCUUUUUUUUAAUAUAUAAGUUGCUUUUCAAAAUCACAAGAUUUCAAAAUUUUCAAAACUUUUCUGGGUAGAUCAAAAACACUUCUCCGUUAAAUUUUGUCGAUUUUAGUCCUGCCCACAAAUUUGUGUCAGGUCUAACGAAAUUUGGGAACAUUUUUGGGCACUCGGCCAAAAAACGACACAGCUCAGGGCGACUCGCGACACAUUUUUCGAGAUAUAAACUUAUUCUGAGAUCUUCUCUAAUUUCUGAAUGAUAAACUUGAAAAUAAACUUUUAUAUUUGAAAUUUUUGCACGAAAAUGUCCAAAUCUCAAAUAUCCAAAAACAAAAAACAAUGAAUAAUUUCAAUACCUUUGACCUUAUUGAAAUUUCGAUUUCGAAUUUCGUUUAUUUGUUUAUUUGUUCGAUUUUUUGCUGCUUCUGACACGCCGAGAUCUUUUUCCAAUCCUCCCCGCUUUUUUUGUUUUUUCGUCUAAAGAAUAGCGCAAAACACGAGUCAACUUUUCGUUUUACAUAUUAAGUUCAGAUAGUUAAUCCUGUUAGAAAGUCUCAUUGAUCGAAGUUAUCAAAUUUCAAUGCUCACAAAUUAUUUGAAUAAACAUCGGAGUCAUAUUUAAUAAUAUAAAUAUGAUGUGACGACAAAAAAAACGAGGAAAAAAUAAAUAAACAAACGUAAAAUUGGCGGAUGUGAGCACGAAAAAGUUGUGAAACGUAGAUACAUUGAAAAAUAUGGAAUGAAAAUUGUGGAUCUGAAAAUUCAUAAUUUUUAAAAUUACACUCACAAUUAGUUAAGAGAUUUUGUUUCGAAAAAAAAUUCAGGAUGACUUUUAUUCGCUUACAAUGAAAUUUCAAAAAUGUGUUCUCAAAAAUCAAUCUGUAGACUAUUUAUAGAUUUCAAAAAUCCUACUUUCUGAGAAAAACGUUCUCGUCUUUCUUUUCCCUUUUUAGCCCCCAGUGAUUUCAUUACAGUUGUGCACUUGGUUUCGAUUUGAUUGGUUCAGAAGAGCGAACUUGUUUAUCAGAUGGUAGUUGGUCAGAUGAACCGCCAAUUUGUGCAAUUGAUGUGUCAUUCAAUAAACCAGUCAAACAAUCAUCCGGAAAUGUUGUAUUAACACUUGGAACAACAAUGUGCACUAUGACUAAUGAUGAACAUAAAUCAUAUUGGUAUGUUGACAACUUUAAAUACAGUGCUCAAUUGAAACCUGAAGCUCACUGUGAAAAUUGCUCUGUGACUUCUCUCACAUUUUUUGUUUUUUUUCAGGGAAGUUGAUCUACUUGGAGAAUAUUCCGUGCGUUCGAUUAGUAUUCGAUUAGGUCCAAAAUCUUCGCCAAUAAUUUCUGUUGAAGCGAUUCUCAAAAAUGGAAUGAAACAGGUACUUUUUGAAAUUAUUAUUGGUCGGAAUUAUUUUUUUUAAUUGUAUGAGCAACUGAAAAAUGCAUAGGGUUACUGUAGAUACUCUGGAUAUUUGUAAAAAGAAGUGAAUUCGAUUACUGUAGAAAGUUCGAAAUAACCGAAAUACUGAUUUUUUUUGACACAAAAUGUUCCAAAAACGUCAGAAAAAUAGAAACUUCAAAAUUUCAAUUCCGAGUCAUACAUUUUUUAUCCAAAAUAAAUUCUAAUUUUUCAGCAAUGUAUAACCGAUUCAUCUUUGUUCACAAUAAAUUCAACAACUUCUUUGAGCUGCUCUUAUGACGACAUUUCUAGAAUAAGAAUUACAGCAACUCGUCGAUUACAUUUAUGCCAAGUUAAUAUUUAUGCUGUAAAUGCCGGUAAGUAGCCUCAUCCUUUUUGAAUAUAAUCAAAACACAUCCAACAAAAAAUGCUAGCCGAGUUCAAAAAGUGUACAUUAUUUUUGCUUUCGUUAACAUCAAAAGCGCGCCACUUCAAGUGUUUGCCACCUGUUUGUCUCCAUUCUUCAAGGGGAAAACAGAACAGACAAAAAAAGAAGAAAAAACAAUUCUAUAGUCCUUAAAAAUAAGGAAAAGGUGGACAAUCGUUAGGGAAAUUUAGCAACGAAAACUGAAUCUGAUUCUAGAAAUUAUUGAAUCGGACCUACAAAAAAAGAUGACUAUUUUUGAUUUCAGUAAUAAACUUUGAACGAGUAUAGAAAUCAUAGGAAUGCCCUGGUUUUUAUUAAAUUUUUUUCCCAAUUCUAAAUUCAAAAUUAUUGUAGUUUCACCUUGGCAAUGUGCCCAAAGUCAAAUGGAAGUGAUUGGUGUAUUUGGUGGAAUGUGUUAUGCAGCAAGUCGAGAUGAACAAACUGAUUGGUUGGGAGCACAAAGAAAAUGUUUGGAUCGUGGAUCAACACUUCCAUUGAGAAUUGAUGAAUUAACUAGAAGAGGACUUCGAUCAACAUUGACUGCUUCAUCAACUGCAAAAGCUUUUUAUUGGAUAGGUUUGUUACAUUUUUGCUGAAAAUCGGGAGGGUUACAGAAAUAUAUCCUCUGUUGAUUAUUCAGUGCUUCAGCUGAAUUAUUUUUGAAAUCUUAUAUCAUUUCUGAUUCUACAAAACCGUUGUUUUUCAGGUGCCUCUUCAUCAUUGACUGAAUGGCGUUGGGUUGAUGGUGAAUCAGUUGGUGACAAAGCCGAUUGGCCAUCAUCACAAAUUCCAACUCCUGCAUUAUCAGAAGCUGUUUUACUUGCUCGACCACUUGAUUGGAAAUGGGUUCCCGCUUCUCAAACUGCAUGGAAUGCAUUUAUUUGUCAAUCGAAACCAAAGUUUUGUACAUCUCCAGGAGUUGGAGAAUCAACAAAAGUCACAUUUUCAUCACAUUCUUAUGCAAUUGGAACAUUAUGUUUUUAUUCUUGUGAUUCUGGAUAUGAAUUACACGGUGUGAAACAAAGAGAAUGUGGAGAAAAUGGAAGAUGGACUGGAAGUAUUCCAAAUUGUUAUAGUGAGUUGUUGGAGAGAGGAAAAAUGAAAUGUGCUACAGUAAUACUUGACUUGGAAGAGUACUGUAGUUUUAGAAUACAUUUCUAAUAUUAAUUUUUCAGUUCAAUAUUUUUUUUUCAAAUAUGGUUUAUGAUAAACAUUGUCAGUGGGUUUUUUUAAUUUCAAAAUUCACAAAGUUCUGCCCUCCGAAAAUAUAAGAAAUGAAUUUCUAUUUGACACGUGUCAAACGAAUAGAAGUUCACGUUUAAAUUAAAAAAAAAAAAAACUAUUUUUUUUUCAUUUUCCUGAAAAUUAUCAUUUUUUGCAGAAAGAUCGUGUGGAGCGAUUCGAUCUUGGAAAUACGGUAGAACGAAACUAUUAAACAAAACCACUCUUUAUCAAAGUUCAAUAGAAUAUGAAUGUUCAAUUGGCUGGCAUCUCACAAAUUCAGCAUCUCGUUCAACUCGUCGAAUAUGUCAAGAAGAUGGAAAUUGGAGUGGAAAUGAACCAACUUGUGAAAUGGUUGAUUGUGGAAAACCACAAACAAUUACAAAUGGAAGAGUUGAAGUUGAUUCAACAACUUAUGAAUCAAUUGCUAAUUAUUCAUGUCAUCCAGGAUAUCGAUUAAUUGGACCAGAUACUUUAGUUUGUGGAGAUCGAGCUGAAUGGACACCUUCUGUUCCAUUUUGUUAUGGUAAGAUUCUUAACACAAUUCAGAAUAUUUAUGUUUUCAUAAUUUAUAUAUGUUUUAGAUAUAGCAACACUUCAAGAAAUCAAAGGUGCUGCAUCACAUGAACAUAAUAAUCCAAAUAAUACCACAGAUGGAAAUAUUGCAUUGGCUGUUUUGGCUGUUUUAUUAGUUGGUUGUUUAGUUGUUGCAGUUUUGAAAUUAUCAAGAACUUCUAUAAAUAAUCAUGAUUUAUCAAUAUCUCGUGAUAAAUUGAAUUGUUCAAAUGCUGCAAUUUAUGCGACUCCCUCAAUUCAAACACAAUCACAACAUCCUGAUUCUGUUAUUUAUUAUGCACCAACUGUUGCUCAUAUGGAAGUAAGAUUUUUAAGGGGGAAGCUGAAUUUGGAAGAAAGCAUGUCCCAAUAAAAAAUUUCAGUGAUUUAUCCUAGAUCUCGGAAAAAGUUAUCAAAAAUUGUUUUUUUUUUCAAGGUGUUCUUAUUCUCUUUUCACAUUCAAAUAUUUUCUAGGUUCCUCCUCAUCUUUUACAACUUCAACAACUUCCAAAUGGCAAUAUUCACGUAACUCUUCCAAUUGGCCGUCAAAUGACUCGACCAUCACUUCCGAUUUUCUCAACUUCAAUAUCACCAACACCUUCGCAAAUAUUAUAUUCAUUUGAUCACGAACCAAUUUAUGAUGUUCCUCCUGAUCACACAGGUAAACUUUUUUUGCGUUGAGAAGAAUUAAUAAUGAUAAUUAGAUGAGUAAAUAUAAAAAGAGUACGCUUUUUUUGGUGAGAACAAUUUCCUAGAUUAUUAGAAUGUUCUCUGAAGAUUUUUAUCAUCUCAUCGAAAUUUUAUUUCAUACCUCGGCCAAAAUCGUGGUUCCCAUAAUAAAAAAUUGUACGCUAACUUGUUACAGUACAACAUUUUUGGAUUUUUCAGUUUUUGUCCUCUAAAAUUUGUGAUUUUUCAAUUUUUGACCUCUAAAAACUGAAAUUCAGGUUUUUCCAAAAAUUGUACUAGUACACUCUGGCCAGCCACGGCUUGGCCGAGGUGUGUUUUAUUUAAAAAAUGUUUUUUUGAAGACAAAGUUUGUAUCUUGAAUAAGAAAAACUAUUCCAAAUAUUUUUUCAAUAAGAAACAUUGCAUGUGUAGAGUACUUUAAUACUAUAAGUUCUAUUAUCUUCGGUUUUUUGCAGAAUGUAUAUAUGAGCGAAUGCCAGAAAGACCAGCUCCGCCAAUUCCAAUUCGAGGAGAAAGUGGAAAAAAUAUUCAAUGA